AAUAGCAAUGGCAUCUGGUCUCAACGCUGCUAGUGCUUCUAGACUCUUCCAUUUCCAUCAAAGUCGCAUUUCUGUUCUUCCUCUUCGACGUUCUCUCUCUGCCAUGACCACUCCUCAAGGUUCCUCUGAUUCCUCUUCUACCAAAACGGAGAGGGUUGUGAUAAAGGGGAGGGUGCAGGGGGUGUGGUACAGGAACUGGACCAUUGAAAACGCCACGCAGUUAGGGCUCAAGGGUUGGGUGCGGAACCGGAAGGAUGGGUCUGUGGAGGCUCUGUUCUCGGGAAGUGUCGGUGCGGUGCAGGAAAUGGAGCAGAGGUGUCGCCGUGGUCCUCCCGAUGCUGUGGUGACGGGGCUUCAGGUUUUCCCCUCCGAUGAUGACCCCGGCACUCAAUUCCAACGCAAACCAACUAUUUGAUAUUCAUUCUUCCACGUUAAUCCAGAAACCAGCGAUUGGUUUGUCGAAUGAUGGAGAGUUCCCAAAGGAAAAAGACCAGAAUGGGAACGAAAGUUUACCACACUACAUGAUUCUGUGAUAGCACGUACAAUAUUUCUGAGGGCCUGAUUUUUACUGCCGUAUUUAAAAUAGCCU